AUGAAAUAUUCAGUAUCCGUAAAGCUUGAGACGGCUCAUCAGAAUGUUUAUGAGCCUUGGGCAUCUCCAGACGAAAAGAACGAUCCAACAUCAAGAAACUACUCCUCCCCUCUCGUCACACUUGUGGUAGGAUCUGGAGAGAAAACAGAAACCUUCUAUGUGCAUAAGCACUCACUACUCAAGUUCCCUUAUUUCAACGGUGCACUACGCCCAGGGGCCUUCAUGGAAGGAAAAGAUGAGAAAAUGAAUUUCCCCGAGGAAGACCCCGCGGUUUUCCAUCGGCUGGUUGAGUUCAUUUAUGAGGGCAAAUGUUACCCGCGGAUCAUAAACGAGGAGGAAAUGGAAGAGUACCUCGAAGCGCCUAUUAUGGUAGUCAAAGAUGUUCCGAAUUCUUUGGCAGAGGGUUACGACUGGGGUUUAGAAAGCAGCAUCGCUUGCGGCUCCCACCUUACUACAGACGAAACGUUGUCGACUGUGACCGGCAUUAUUCAACUUCUGUGUCUAGCACAUCGAUAUGGUAUCAAUGAUUUGUGUAGCUGUUGCCUGGAUAAGCUUAGGCUGUGCCCGUUUGGAACCAGAGAAGUUACUGCCCUCAUCGAGCUUGUGUCGACUCAGAUCCCAGAGACCGAAUCGACAUCAGAAAUAUACGCAUUCAUGUACGAACACAUCCGCAUCCAAAAGCCUCGGCUAGAUGAUUGCCUCGUAUUUGAGCGUCUGUUUGAAAAUCGCGCUGUCCCAUCACAGACCCUACUUCAAAUCCUGAAAACUACGAAGACAAAACAAAUAGAAUACAUGCGCCAGAUCUCACUGGGAAUUGUUGGAGUCGCGGUGUGUCAUGAAGAAGUAACAGCUGCCGAUAGUCAAAAGAAGUACGGUACUGACGACAAACCACAUUUCAUAUUUGGUUCUGCUAAAAUAGGAGAAGUCUCUUCAGGCAGGGCAAACAAUUCGGAAGGAUUGUUCUUGGCGAGAAACAAUCCAGUUGGAGAUGGGGUAGUUUUUCCUCUGAGCAGCUUUUUCUUCCUGAAGAAAAACAAUAUAUGA